GGCGGGGGCCGGGCGGGGAGGCGCCGGCGGCGGGGUCUCACCGCCUCUUCUUGCCGUCCCCCGCAGGGAGCGGCCGGCCCCCCGCGCCACCAUUGCCUCGCACGGCAAGGAGGACCUGCUCGCCGCCGCCGCCCGGCUCUGGCAGCGGAGGAGGCGGCUGCUGGCCGCCGCCGGGCUCGCCCUGGCCAUGGCCGUCGCGCUGCUUGUCGCCGUGCCCCUGCUGCUGCUGCAAGCGCCCGCCGACACCGGCGCCCACUACGAGAUGAUGGGCACCUGCCGCAUGAUCUGCGACCCGUACAGCGGUGGGCGGCCGCCCGGCCCCGGCAGCACCGCCGCCGUGGAGGCCCUGCAGGACCUGGGCGCCAACCCCCCGCCGCCCUUCGUCCAGGGACCCAAAGGGGAGCCGGGCCGGCCGGGCAAACCAGGCCCCCGCGGGCCACCCGGGGAGCCGGGUCCGCCGGGUCCGCGGGGCCCGCCGGGGGAACGGGGCGACGCGGGGAAGCCGGGGCUGCCCGGGCUGGCGCUGGCGGGCGCGGGCGGCGGCGGGAGCGGCGGCGGGGCGGCGGUGGGCGGCGAGGCGGCGGGCGGGCUGAGCGCCGCCUUCAGCGGGCCGCGCAUCGCCUUCUACGUGGGGCUCAAGAGCCCCCACGAGGGCUAUGAGGUCCUCAAGUUCGACGACGUGGUGACCAACCUGGGCAACCACUACGAUCCGGCCAGCGGCAAGUUCACCUGCCAGGUGCGCGGCAUCUACUUCUUCACCUACCACAUCCUCAUGCGCGGCGGCGACGGCACCAGCAUGUGGGCCGACCUCUGCAAGAACGGCCAGGUGCGGGCCAGUGCCAUCGCCCAAGACGCAGACCAGAACUACGACUAUGCCAGCAACAGCGUGGUGCUGCACCUGGACUCCGGCGAUGAAGUGUAUGUCAAGCUGGAUGGAGGCAAAGCACACGGAGGCAACAACAAUAAGUACAGCACUUUCUCUGGCUUUCUUUUAUACCCUGAUUGACACACAAGUGACACAACACAACUGGCCCCGCCACUGAUGCACAUGGGGCUGUUUGGCAUUUCCAUACCCCAUCGUGCUGCUGUUCCUGCUGGUGUCCCCUGUCUCCGCAGGUCACUUUAGCUUCAUUAUCAGUUUGUAUGUUUUUAUUUUCACCCUUGUGGAAACGAAAUAGAAAUGAAACAAAGUGAUCCCCUUCCUUACUCUCCCCCAUUUCUUCUGACCCCCCUCUCCCUUUGUCAGCCUGAGUGUUUCGUGUGUCACAUGAGGAACUCGGCAGCUUGAAACUCUCAAGUGGUUCCAGGGAGGUUUAAAAGAGCCCAGAGUUUGGACUGUGUCACACAUGGAAUUUGAACAGGUCACAUUUUUUCAUCAAUAAGUAUUAAUGACGAUGAUGAAUUUUCAGAUCAACUAUUCACGAAGUGGGACUGGACCAUAACUGUUUUUCCCUCUGCUGCUUUGUAUGGGGUCAAGUGUAAACUUUUCUUUCUGUGCAAUGCAAUGCUCGUGUGAAUGAUGGUGUCAUUAACGUCAAACCUGUUUCUGUCUGCAAAAGAAUUUGGUCAUUGACCACGGUCACCCAAAUACCACAUUAAAUUAUGUUUUUAGACAA